AAUCACCCAAUAAAGUCGCGGUUAUAAGAGGUUGCAUUUUGUUAGCGUACUUCUAUUCUUCCAUAAUCUCUUGAACGGUUCGAAUUACGGACUAAAUAAUUCACCAUGAAGAAGUUAUUGAGUCUGUUGAUCUUCGUCGUACUCACGAUGGAAUGUGCAACCGCUAAAAGUCUUCAAACGAAACGAGACGCUGAUGCCGCGCAAGAAGGGGGGUUGACCGGAUUGCUGACUAGAUUAAUCGGCACGGUGCAAGACUUGCCGAUAAUAGGCAACUUGGUUUCUGCAAUGAUCAAUCUGCUAACGGCCGUACAAGAAAUAACAAACGGUGCUCUGGGACGUCUAUUGGGUGGAUUAUUGCCCUGCGUUCUCGGUGAUGACACGGCACCUGGAUGGACAUGCAACGGUGUCGACGAGUACCACGGUUUUUCCAGCUUCGUCGAAAAGCUGCUCGAUGAGUUUCCGCCUGUCUCGCCACCGAAAUUGUUGAAAGAUCCCAUCGUGUCGCUCUUGAGGCGCCUAGUGGAUCCGAUGACCAACAGUAUUUUUGGUGGGCAGCUGGUCGAGGCUUCAUAAAAAAUUGACCAAGAAAUAUCCCCAUUUGCAGAUGCGGAUACAGAUUGAAUAAGGUCAUGUUUCGAUAAUUCAAAAAGAAUGCGAUUUACACCCCUGCGGCCCAAGCUUAACCUCGUUAGCCGCGAUCACCUUGCGUCUGGUUUGUUGUCCCCUCUCCCCCUCCCUCCCUGCCCACGCUUCGUCAAUUCCGACGAUGUUCGGUAUGUUUACAAUUGGUAUCACCCCUCUCUCCAUGGGGUGUAUUAUCGUGUUGAUUAUUGAUAUUAUGAUUAUAAUAAUGAUGAUUGCAAUAAAGUGACAAUCCCAUAA